AGAGCCACGUCUCUCUGCCCCCACUGACCUCCCCCGAGGCAGCCCCGGUGUUGGGUCUGGGCCUGUGCUUGAGCCGGUCACUGAGGUCUGGGGCUGGGAUUCAGCUGAAGUUCCUUUCACUGCUGUAUGGUUCUAUAUUUCCUGAUUUAACCCCCAGUGUGAAUGUCUGAAUCCGGCGUGGACCCGACCCAGAGGGUCCCUCACACCACUCCGGACUGUCGGGCGGAGGUGGCCGGAGGGGGAUCUCCCUUUAAGGGGACGGCCCCCUGACCCCCGACCCCCCUUGCCCCAAUGAUGGAUCCCGACGCCCACGGUUACCAUGACGCCGCACAGAAUGGGAUGGCGGCCGGGGAGCAACCCGCGACCUUCUACCCUGAUGACGACGCCCAGAUUGACGAAUUCAUGGGCCAGGACUACAACGAGGAGGAUGAGGAGAGGAAGCAUUACCGUCGUAAGCGGCUGGCGGUGCUGAGAAACCUGGUGUGCGCCAGUCUCAGCAGCAUGCUGACGUACGCCGUCUACCUGGGCCUCCUGCAGGUGCAGCUGAUCCUGCACUACGAUGAGACGUACCGAGAGGUCAAAUACGGCAACAUGGGUCUGCAGGACAUUGACAGGAAGAUGCUGAUGGGCAUCAACAUCACACCCAUCGUGGCCCUGCUCUACACCCCCGUGCUCAUCAGGUUCCUGGGCACGAAGUGGAUGAUGUUCCUGGCCAUGGGGAUCUACGCCCUCUUCGUCUCCACCAACUACUGGGAGCGAUACUACACCCUCGUCCCAUCGGCCAUCGCUAUUGGAGCAGCCAUCGUCCCCCUGUGGGCAGCCGUGGGGAACUAUGUCACCAGAAUGGCGCAGAAAUAUUACGAGUAUCUCCACUACAAGGAGGAACACGUCCAGGAUCAGGGGAAGGCCCCAAAGGGCGCUUGUCACAGAUACAUCAUCACCUUCCAGUGCAUCUUCUACUUCUUCUUCAAUAUGAGUUUUAUCUUCGCUGAGAUGCCCACAGCUUUCUUCCUGGACACCUACCUCUGCAAAGCCAACCACACACUCUUCAGCGUGAAAUACUGUGGGACCGACGCCUGGGGUACCAUCGAAGGCCUGAACCGCACUGUUCUCUGGAAGCUGCCCCAGAGCAUCAGUCUGAUCAUAAUGGAGAGCGUGCUGAUGGGGGUGGCCUUCCUCGCCAUGUUAAUGGUGCUGACCCUGUGUGGUCCAGCCUACCGCCCCACGGAGGAGAUCGACCUGAGGAGCAUUGGGUGGGGCAACAUCUUCCAGCUGCCGUUCAAGCACAUGAGAGAUUAUCGGCUUCGCCACCUCUUCCCCCUCUUCAUCUACAGCGGCUUCGAAGUGCUCUUCGCAUGCACGGGCUUCGCACUGUCCUAUGGGGUCUGCUCGCUGGGGAUGGAGCACCUCUCGGGCCUGAUCAUGACCUACGGGGCCUCGGCCUCGCUCUCCUCCCUGCUGUGCCUGUGGGUGCUGAGGCUCUCCCGCCAGGUGAGCCUGUCGGCGGGGGCCCUGCUUCAUGCCGUCCUCAUCAUCGGCCUCUUCUGCUGGGCCCCUGCCCCCCUGGACCUCCGGCCCGCCAACGUCACUGCCCUCUACCUGGUGUCGGCCCUGUGGGGGCUGGGGGGGGCGCUGAACAAGACCGGGCUGGCCGCAAUCCUGGGCAUGUUCUACGAGCACAAGGAGCGACAGGACUUUGCCUUCUGCAUCUACCACUGGUGUCAGGCCAUGGCCAUCUUCGUUGUCUACCUCUGGUCCGCGGCCUACAUGAAGGUGAAGUUGGGGAUCCUGCUGGUCACUCUGUUGGCCGCCAUCGCCUCCUACCUGUGGAUGGAGCAGAAACUCGCUCGCAAGGUCCCAUUCCGCAUCCCCCGGAUCCCGAAACCCCGGCACCAGGUGCGGGGGUACCGCUACCUGGAGGAGGACAACUCCGACCAGUCCGAGGAGGAGGAGGAGGGGAAGGGGGACAAGCAGAGUCUGGGGGCUGAGGAGGACCCCCAGCUGGAGGGCGACACCCAGGACCACCAGCAGAUUGGAGCUGAGGGUGACCUGCUGGGCCUGUGAGGAGGAGGGGCCUCCCUCACCCCGCCUCGUCCCUCAUCCCCCCUCCCUCAUCCCCCCUCACCAGCCCUCGUCCACCCCCCUCAUCCCUCCCUCCCUCCCUCAUCCCCCCUCACCACCCCUCGUCCACCCCCUCGUCCCUCCCUCCCUCCCUCAUCCCCCUCGUUCCUCCCUCCCUCGUCUCCCCCGUACUUCCUCCUCAUCCCCCCCACAUCCCCCCAUCCCUCCUCCUUGUCUCCCUCUCCCUCAUUUCCUCACUCCUCACCACUCCCUCCCUCGUGUCCCCAUCCCCUAAUCCCCCCUCGUGUUCCCCCAUCUCCUCCUCCCUCAUCUCCCCCCUCACUCCCCCCUCACUCCCCCUCUCCCCCCCCCCCAUCCCUCCCGCCACAUCUCGGUUUUUACAGUGUUGGUUAAAGCUGAAAGUUUUCACUGCGUUUUGUCUGAUCCCUGAGUCACACCGGCCCUUCAGCCCAUCCCGUGUACAGCAGGGGAAGUGGCCCUUCAGCCCAUGCUGUGUACAGCAGGGGAAGUGGCCAUUCAGCCCAUCCCGUGUACAGCAGGAAAAGGCCCUUUGCUCCAUCCCGUGUACAGCAGGGGAACUGGCCUUCGGCCCCUCCUGUGUACAGCAGAAGAAGGCCCUUCGGCCUAUCCCGUGUACAGUAGGGGGCGGCCCUUUGACUCUCAGUGUGUCCGUACUGAGGGGGUGAGCGGGGUUGUAGUGGUUGGUUCAAACAUAUUCCUGGGGCGGUCUGACCGACCCCUGACAAACCCUCAGCAUUACCCCCCUGCCUUUAUAUCCUCGCCCCCUGCAAAUGGAUGCUGACAUUGCAUUUGCCUUCCUUAUGACCGACCCAACCUGCGAGGUAACCUGCUGGAAACCCUGCCCCGGGGCUCCCCAGUCCCUCUGCACCCCCGAUGUGUGAACUGUGGUGGGUUUCCGCGGGUCCCGGGGAACCGGGGAGACAUGGAGUGGAGUUUGUCGUCAGACGCACAGGUCCGUGUGUGCAUAGGGGGGAUGGAAAACUUCCCUCCAGCAGCGUCACAGAGCAUCAGAGACACAACAGUCACAGGAUAUCAUUGGUUAAACAUAAAUUAUACACAAGUUUCAGAAGGAAGAACACAAUUUGAACAACAGAAGACAAAGUCUGUUGCAGUACAAAGCGGUCCCAGUGUUGCUGUACUGAGGGGGUGACCAGGGACGUGCCGGUCGGUUCAAGAACCGAAUGGUUGAAGGGAAGUCGCUGUUCCUGAACUUGGAGGUGUGGGGACUUCAGGCUUCUGUACCUCCUGCCCGACGGGAGCUGCGAGAAGACGGCACGGCCCGGGUGGUGGGGGGGAUCUGUGACGACGGACGUUGCCUUCUUGAGGCAGCCCGUCCUGUAGAUACCCCCUGUGUUAUUCUGUAGUUAUAAUAAAGAACUAUAGUUCCCAGUUGGCAAUGCAAGGGGUCACAUGGGGGAAUCAGGAAGUGGCUGUAAAAAGAGGGACAACAAGCUGUCUAGUGUGUUUGUUAAUAAAAAUGUUCAGAUGUUAAA